AUGGCGCUGCGCGCGGCCAUAUUCGGCCUGGACGGGGUCCUGGCGCUGCCCUCGGUCCCCACCGCCUUCGGCCGCGCCGAGCGGGCCCUGGCGCUGCCCAGAGGCUUUCUGAUUGAUGCUUUCCAGAGAGGAGGCCCCACUGGUUCCAGCACCCGCCUCAUGAAGGGAGAGAUCACGUUUUCACAGUGGGUGCCGCUCAUGGAAGAAGACUGCAGGAAGUGCUCCCAGGACUCCGGAGUCAGCCUCCCUGCGAACUUCUCUAUCAGCGAGAUCGUUGGCAAAGCGAUCACUACAAGAAAGAGCAGCCAGCCCAUGCUGCAGGCAGCCCUGGCUCUCAGGAGGAAGGGAUUCACGACCUGCGUCCUCACCAACAACUGGCUGGAUGACAGCGCCCACAGGGGCAGCGUGGCCCAGCUGAUGUGUGAGCUGAGGCCAUACUUCGACUUCGUGAUCGAGUCCUGUCAGGUCGGAAUGGUCAAGCCUGAAGCUCAGCUCUACCAGCUCGUGCUGGACACCUUGAAGGCCAGCCCCAGCGAGGUGGUGUUCCUGGACUGCCUCGGGGAGAAUCUGAAGCCGGCCCGCGACCUUGGAAUGGUCACCGUCCUCGUGCGCGACACCCAGGCGGCCCUGAGGGAGCUUGAGAAAGUGACCGGGACACAGCUUCUCCAGACUGCAGCCCCCCUGCUGGCCCCCUGCAGCCCAGGCGACGUGAGCCAUGGGUAUGUGCCCAUAAAGCCCGGGGUGCGCCUGCAUUUUGUGGAGCUGGGUUCCGGCCCCGCCGUGUGCCUGUGCCACGGCUUUCCUGAGAGCUGGUUCUCCUGGCGGCACCAGAUCCCUGCUCUGGCCCAGGCGGGCUUCCGGGUGCUUGCUGUGGACAUGAAGGGCUACGGAGAGUCGUCCGCUCCUCCAGAACUAGAAGAAUACGCCAUGGAGGUGCUGUGCAAGGAGAUGGUCACCUUCCUGGACAGGCUGGGCCUCUCUCAGGCGGUGUUCAUCGGCCACGACUGGGGCGGCAUGCUGGUGUGGAACAUGGCCCUCUUCUACCCCGAGAGAGUGAGGGCAGUGGCCAGUCUGAACACUCCCUUCAUACCAGCAAACCCCCAGGUGCCCACGAUGGAGGCCAUCAAGGCCAACCCCGUGUUUGAUUACCAGCUCUACUUCCAGGAGCCUGGGGUGGCGGAGGCAGAACUGGAGCAGAACCUGAGUCGGACUUUCAAGAGCUUCUUCAGAGCAAGUGAUGAGGGUUUUCUCACUGUGCACAAAGUCCGAGAAAUGGGAGGCCUGUUCGUGAACACCCCGGAGGCGCCCAGCCUCAGCAGGAUCACCACGGAGGAAGACAUCCAGUUCUAUGUGCAGCAGUUCCGGAGGUCUGGUUUCAGAGGCCCCCUAAACUGGUAUCGGAACAUAGACAAGAACUGGCAGUGGGGCUGCAAAGCCGUGGGCCGGAAGAUCCUGAUCCCGGCCCUGAUGGUCACCGCAGAGAAGGACCCGGUGCUCGUGCCUGAGAUGUCCAAGCACAUGGAGGACUGGAUCCCCCACCUGAAAAGGGGACACAUUAAGGAUUGUGGCCACUGGACACAGAUGGACAGGCCCACCGAGUUAAAUCAGAUCCUCAUUGAGUGGCUGGAGGCUGAAGCCAGGGACCCACCGGUGGCCUCGAAGCUUUAGAGCAGGGCUGUUCCAAGCCUGGCAGGCGCCCCAACAUCUUCAUCUGCUGGCAUGCUGCCCCAGAGGGGGCCUCUCCCACCUCUGUUGUAACCGGCACCAUUAUGCUGACGGGGUUUGCAAAGAAAGUGAUAUUCUUUCAAUGGAGUAACCUGAACUGACACAAUGUUAGAUCCGUACCUUCCAGACUGAGAAAAAUCAUGUGUGAUUAAUUUCUGGGUGUAAAUGCCUUAUUCAGAGGGUGGGUGGUUUGGAGGCAGUGGGCAGAAUGGCGCAGCCAGGGCAUGACUUCUCUAUGACUAAUUCUGUAGCAAAUUCAGCAUUUAUUGUUCGAGCAUUUCCGCAGAGGCCAGAACGCCCGAGUUCAAUAAAGCUAAACAGCUGUGAUCUGCGCUCUUGGAGGAAUGCGGUGUUUUUUAGGAUGAUGCCCCCAUGGGCCAUCUGUGUUGUCGCCAAUGGCAAGAGUCCAUCUUUUGUGUGGCUGAGUAGUAUUCCAUCACGUCUGUCCGCUUCUUCUCAUCUUCUUUAUCCAGUCAUUCCUCAGUGGGCACUUAGGUUGCUGCAUGUCUUGGCGAGAGUGAAUAAUGCUGCGGUGGACAUGGGUGUGCGUAUGUCUGUUUGAAUGAGUGGUUUCCUGUACUUUGGGACCGAUACCCACAGGUGGAAUAGCUGGAUCAUUGGUAGAUCUAGCUUUAAUUUUUUGAGGAGCCUCAUUUUACAUUCCCACCCAGAGUACACAAGGGAUCCCUUUCUCCUCAUCUCACCAACUGUCUCUGGUCCUUCCGGUGAAGGCCCUUCUAACCGAUGCCAGGUGGUAUCUCCCUGUGGUUCUGAUGUCCACUUCCUCCAGAGUCGGUGACCUUGUGCAUCUUUCCACGGGCAUGUCGGCCAUCUUGCUGAAAUGUCUCCUCAGAUCGCCCCAUUUUUUAACCAUAUUGCUUUUUGCGACUCGGUUGCUGGAGUCCUUCGUGUGUUCUGGAUGGCAACCCUGUGGGGCGCGUGGCCUGAGGCGUCUUGGUCCUGCAUCGGUGGCCUUUUGGUUUGGAUGGUGGUUUCGUUUCUUUCAUUAUCUUUGCCUGUUCUUAAGCAGGUCAUUUGCCUUCUGGCUGUUGUGGCAAGAAUUCUUUAUCUACUCCCUUAUAAUAUUCAGGAUUUGCAAAUAUCCCCCCCCCCAUUUCAUGGGUGGGAAGCUCACUUUUUAAUCAGUAAAAAAAAUAGCUUCCAUUGUUAGGAGGCCUGCUCUCUGCUUCUCAUGCACUUCAACCCUGUUUGCUGUCACGUUCGGCCCAAGACAGGAGCCAGGCACAGAUCAGCAUGGGGCGGCGUGUGAUUGGGGUGCCGUCAGAGCGGACGACAGGCAGUGCUUUGUGUCUGUGCCUCAAAAUGAGACGACUCCAGAGAAAGCCACUGCGGUGGCAUCUGUCACUGAUUGAGUAGAUGGAGAGAUGGCUCCGGGCCCCUGUCUCCCUCAGUGACCUGGAUUCCCUUGGAGAAAGAACACGAGAGGCAGCAGAAUCCCAAGCCCCCCGCUCGCUGGCAGCAGAAUCCCAAGCCCCCCGCCUGCUGCGUGAACUCUGUGCCCCGCACCACCUUUCUGAGAGAAAGAGCGGGCUGACAGGGACGAGAAAAUAAUACCUGCAGAUCAGAAUUCCUUAAACACCAAAUGCCUCAGUAAGCACACGGGUGUGACAGAUGUCAGGGUGCAGAUGACAGAGAUGGAGCCCGGUCUCCCCGAUGAGCGAGCUGGGGUGGGGGGCGCCGUCUCACAACCAGCUCGGCAGCCUGUGCUGGUGUUAAUCUCCCGGCCGGCAGCUGUCUGGACAGGUUGCGCUCAGCAAUUACUGAGCAGGCUGAGUCUUCCAGAGAGAAGAAAAGAGCAAUAAACCAUCGCCUCGGCCACGGGUGGGGGCAGCGCAGAUGGCAUUAGCUGAUACCCACCGUUUUUUGCUGAUUUUGACGUUUCUUUUCAUGUACUUAUAUUUCUUUUCAA